UCCUCGUAGCGAUUAGUUAACUAUUUACAGAACAGUGAUUUUCUUUUCGUUAUGUUGGGAUUAUUGAAAUCUAUCGAUCUACUGUCAAACUUUGGGGUUAUGUUUGGAUAUUGCGAUUGUUUAGGAGGUUAAUGUUAUUUAAAAUAAAACCAUAAUUAAAAUGAAUAAUAUUGUGCUGCCCGAUGAGACACAAACAGAUUCUAGUUCCGACGAUGAAACUAGUUUAGUAGUAGUAAUAUUAGAUAGUAAUCCAGGACAAAAAAUGCUUCGAGAUAGUCCUCAUGUUUUAACACACUGUGUGGAUUCUAUAAUUGCUUUUGCAAAUUCCCAUUUGAUGCAAAAAGCUCAGAAUAAGCUGGCUAUAAUGGCAUGUCAUUCAAAAACAAGUCAAUUCAUAUACCCAGGCCAAGGUAAACAUACCGAUGUUAGACAAGUAGAUGGACAGUAUGAAGUGUUUACAGCUGUUGAAAAGAUAACUAAAAAGAAUCUUGCUAAAGUUUUAACUGCAGAUAGUUCUACAGUUACAAAAGAGUCUUUGUUAGCUGGUGCUAUUGCAAUGGCUCUUUGUUAUAUUUCAAGAUUACAGAGAACUAAACCACCUGGAGCUACGUUAAACUGCAGAAUAUUGGUAGUAACGGGAAGUAGCUGUUCAGCCUCUCAAUACAUGAAUUAUAUGAAUGUAUUUUUUACUGCCCAAAAGCAGAAUGUUGUUAUAGAUGUUUGUGCUUUGGACCAACAUUUAAGUCUUUUACAACAAGGAUGUGAUAUUACUAAUGGUUUAUAUCUAAAGGUUCCCCAGUUGCAAGGAUUAUUGCAGUAUUUAUUGUGGGUAUUUUUACCAGAACCACCAAUUAGAGAAAAAUUAGUUUUACCACCACCUCUUAAGGUAGAUUAUAGAGCUGCCUGUUUUUGUCACAGACAGUUGAUUGAAAUUGGAUAUGUCUGUUCAGUAUGUCUGUCAAUUUUCUGCAGAUUCAGUCCUAUCUGCACUACAUGUCAUACUGUUUUCAAGAUGCCUGCUCUUCCUGCUGUCAAACCAAAGAAAAAGAAGAAAAUAUAAUAAUAGGAUUAGUAAAUUGUUGUAAUUUUUAUAAAAUUAUUAAAAAAAAAAAUAAAAAUAUUUUUCAUAAGUAUUGAAAUUCUUCAAAAUAG